UACGCCAUGCUCCUGUCCCUCAUCUUCCUCAUCGUCCUGGUGGCUGCUGUCGUGGGGUUCGUCUUCAGGCACGAGAUUAAGACAAACUUUGAGAGUAACCUCAACCUGGCCCUGAGGAACUACAACGUGACCGCGGAUCGGCACAGCGAGGCUGUCGACACCAUCCAGAGAACCCUGCACUGCUGCGGGGUGCAGAACUACUCGGACUGGGAGAGGACCGAGUACUUCACCCAGAGGGGCAUCCCCCGGAGCUGCUGCAAGAGCCAGGAUGACUGCUUGGAGCAGGAUCUGAAAGACCCAAACAAAGCCAAGCUGAAAGUGUUUGUGGAUGGUUGUUUUUCCCUGGUAACAUCAACAAUGGAGUCAAAAAUGAGCAUUGUGGCUGGAAUCUCCUUUGGCAUCGCGUGCUUCCAGUUGGUUGGCAUCAUUCUUGCCUGCUGCCUGUCCCGGUACAUCACGAACAACCAGUAUGAGAUGGUGUAGCUGGACCCAGCACGCUGUGGCUGUGGCCAGG